GGCGGUGCGCUGCGUGUACGCCCCGCUGCUGAGAGCGAGUGGCUUACAUGCGGUGCGGGCAGCCGUGUGUCUGCAUGUGGGAAGUACGCAGACCUCUGCCGCCAGCGUACCGCAAGAGCAACAACAACCAUUUCUAAUACUACUGUUGGACAGCCAAAGGCGGUGAUGGCGAUUGACAGUUCUCAUCAUGAUGGUGAUGUUUCAGGAACCAUCUUUACUGAACUCUUUCUCGGGUUGCCGCGAAAACGUGAAGAAGGAAGCAGAGUACCACCUCGAGGUGAUCAAGGUAAGUCUGGUAAACCUGGACAACCAUUGACGGAACACCGUGCUGAAACAGGUGGAGUUGGGAACAUUAUCAGAGAACCAGAACAGUCAGUAGUUCCAUCUCCUCCAGAAGUUUUAUCGGACGAGUCCCCUCGUACACAGCACACGGAUCCUGUGGGAAUAGAAGAGCCUGCUGGAUCUAGUGGGGCAAGGAGUAACUCCAGUAGUGGCGAUGGUGCUGAACAUAGUGCAGUGGAUGCGUUAUCAUCAACAAGUGCAGCAGGAACACAAAAAACACAAGAAGAGAUUCAGCAAACACAAAGCAAAAAUGACGGAACUGAUGUGGCAUCACAGGGAAAGCAAGAGAUAUCGAGCAGCACAACUGACAACAAUAGACACAGUAAUGUUAAUCAUCGUGGUGAUGCCGUCAGUUCAUCGGUUAUUUCUGCCCCUCAAGCGGAGAGGAGUACCUCUACUAAUGGAGGUGGUGAUAGUGCUGGAGAACACACCGAAACUCAGCAGUCUAAUCCACCUGCAGAAGGGAGCCUAGGCUCAUCAAAUAACACAGGGGAUAAAACUGUACCUGGCGAUUCUAAUCUUUCUGCAGCAACGGAGGUUACUGCACAGGAAAGUGCAAGUGGAAGUGCUCCACCAGACUCACAAGAAACCAAUUCCACUACUCAGCCGAGCCCCGCAAAUACUGUCAAUGAAGAAUCAACCGCGACUCCAUCUCGUGACUCUAAUCUUACCCAGCAAUCUACUGCAACUGAUGAUGUAACUGCCGCACCAAAUCCACCAGAAACAAAUACCACUACUCUGCCGAGCACCGAGAACAAUGUCACAGAAGCACCAACCACCACUCCAUCUCCUGUACCCAACGCAGAGAUCAACACUAUUGCUUCCGCUGUACAGAAGAAUAAGGCUAAUGUUGACAGCAGUGUCAGUCCUGUGUGGAUGCACACUGCAGCACCGCUGCUGAUUGUGGCUGUGUUGUUCUCCGUUACCGUGUACUGA